AUGGCCAACCUUCUGUCUACACCAAUUUCUGAGUUAACGCAUGCCCAGAUUGUUGAUGGGAUGCCAAUCAGCAAGAUCUAUGAAGAGGACCAUGGAUUCUGUGAGGAAUUCCCUGUCCUUGAUCACAAGGACUUGUGCCCUGGAACUAUGGACAAGAUACGGGCUUUUCGCUCUCAAUUCGAGAUUAAUUCUGUCGAGUUUGAGCCGAAGCUUCUACGGGCCUACCAAAACACAUCUCCGGACACUAUAGCGUACAAGCUCCGCCUCCUUGAAAUGGUUGUAAUUGCCUGUCACAAUAUUGCUGUUUCUCUCUAUCAACUAGACGACGGUACUCAUAAACAAGCUGAGUGGGAGGAAUGGCGAGACCAGUACAUGCACACCAUAUACGGACUGCCCACCCCAUUCUAUGUAGACCUUUAUGUGGAUUCUGAUAGAUAUCCAAACGGCUUGGCAGAUAUUGUUGGAUACUGGGCAGAGCAUCAUAUAUUCGGAGGUGUUGUUCUCUUUGACCGUGGAAGAGAUGAAGAAGAGGUAAGCAACAUCAAGUUUAGGUUAAAUAUAACAUUUCCCAUUCAAAGCAGAGACUAUGUUGCCUGGUAUGGGUGUACCCUCCGUUUUUGCGGGUGUGAAUAUCUGGUCUCCCCAAAAAGUGCUUCCAUUCUUGCACCACCUACCGAAAGACAAUUCACCGAUCUUCUGGACUUCCUGUUAUCACCAAGCCCAAGCCCACAAGCAGACACCAGCCUCUACCCACUCCCAGUCCGCAUCACCCAGGAAAACAAAUGGUGUUGGCACCGCUACCGCGGAAAGGUUGAUCACAAUAUCUACAGAUUUCGUCACGAACUUCCACGGUAUCCGUACCAGUACGGUGACUGUUACUUGAUCGAAGAGGAGGCUAUGAAGCCGCUAGACGGUGGGGUUUGUGAUGAGGCUCUGGUGGUCGCCGCUAUGGAAAGAAUGAGGCAAAUUUGUACCCCCGCCUCCAGGCGGCAGCCUGACCCUAAAAGGCGGGGGAGACCACCAUACUUCUUCGACCCUUGA